GGGUUAGUUUAAAUCCCCACCCACCAAAAAAAUCUACAUUUGACGUUAAUUUGACAAAAACUGGAACCCUUCUAUACCAUCCAUCCACCUGGUUCCCAUCGUUACUGGUAAGAAUAUAAACAAAAGGAAGAGGGAACAUGGCGGCACUGGAUGCAGCUCCCCUGCGGUGCGUUGCCUUUGGCAGCUGCCAGGAACGGAAGUUGUUUCCGACCCACAGUGCACCUAACCGGCUGGGCAAUAAGCUCUCACUUGAGGGAGCCCCACACCGUGGUCCCGGCUGCUAUGACAAUCAUGUUGGUACCAUUCUAUAUGAUUUACAGAAGAGACCUGAGAGUAAGAAAGGAUACACUCUUGCUGCAAGGACGUCUGCACGGUUUCUGCCCUGUGCUCAGACAAUCACUCCUUCCCCUCAGAGGUAUCAGCAGGACAGAACCUGGUCUAAAGUAUACCCUCCUGGCAGAAUCCCCUUCAGCUCCACCACAAAGAGGUUCAGGACCAAGCCUGUUACAGCUGACUUCAAACCAGGCCCAGGGACAUAUGCUCAUGAUACUACUCUGAACCAGAAGGUGUCAUGGCCUAUGAAAUUUGGUUCCCCAGACUGGGGUAGACUGCCCACAUUAGAGAGGAAAGCCUUGAGGACAGAGCUGCUUUGUGACAAGGAGUUUGUGAAGCAAAGAAGUCGGGUGGCAUAUCUACAGUUGUUCUACUCCUGACUCUUCUGGAGAUCAAUCUGAUUAUGGGUUGUCAAUCAUGUUUUCUUCACUGACCUUCACCAAGGGAACCACGCCCCCAGCAAGAAGCACGGAAUUCUCCUUAUCAGCUCCAGGAUCAUCCUAAAUUUGAUUAAAGGCAUAGAUGAGGAAAACAAACUUAAUUUCACAAAUGUUUUUUUUGUAGCAAUCAACACACCAGGUACAUUUUAAUAUAGAUUUGCUCUUAACAAUGAAUGGCUUUGUAAACACCCUCAUUAGGAGGGCCUAGAUUAUUCUAUUGAGGUUCAUUCUGUAUAGGCCAAACCACAUUGCACUGCAGAUCAUAAAGACUCAAGGUUGAAUAUUU